AGUAACGGCAGAACGGAUCGGUGAGAUUAGGCCGACAUCUCGCCCCUCAAACAAUACGUUAACAUUCGCUGUAUCAUGCGAUAAAGUGCAGGUGGGGGGUGCAAAGGCAUGGACUUCUACAUCAACGUCAAGGUGAAUUUCCGGGGAAAUGCCAAGAAUUUUCUUCUGUCGGGCUCUGAGACCAGGAGCUGGGAGUCGAUGGAGGCCAUGGUGAAGCGUUCAUUUGGCCUGUGUAACCUUCAGGUGACUUAUUUUGAUGAAGACAAUGAGGAGGUAUCCAUUAAUAGCCAAGCGGAGUAUGAGGAGGCAUUGAAGAGUGCGGCAAGGCAGGGGAACCGUCUGCAUAUGAACGUGUAUGAGACCCGGGGCCAGCCUACACGGGUCCCCACCACCAAAGCCGGUGGAGCGGAGCCCAAGAGGGGAUUCCGGCCCCCACAGCACUGCCCGGCUCUGGCCCAGGUGGUCAGCCGCAAGGUCCAGGCUGCUGUCCCUGAACAGGGCAUGGUGAUCAUGAAGGAACUGAAAGGGACCAAAGAAGAAGACAAGACUCCUCCAGCCUGGUUCACCUCCUAUAUGGAGAAGUUUAAGGACCAAGUGGUUCGUGAGGCGGUGGAGAAGAUAUGCCGUGAAUUCUCCGGCCAGUGCUGCAUCCACAAGCCCCUGGGAGGGGUUGAGGGAGGGGCGGGAGGAAGAGGGGAAGCAGGCAGAGGAGCGGAGGCCCAGCAGAUCCCUGAGGUGUCCUCCUCCACACUGCCCGGUGCCCCCUCCUCAUCCUCCACCCCUCCUUGCUCCUCCUGUAGGGGGCAGACCACUGGAGGAGGGUACCAGUGCAGUGUGUGUACAUCCUGUACAUUGUGUGAGCACUGCAGUUUUUCUCAUGACCCCAGUCACAACCUGGUGAGGGCGAGAACUCCACUGUCUAUCCCUGAGCAUGGCUCACCUGCCCCAGACCAUAGCAGGUUCUACCGACGAGGGGACCGCACUUUCCGGAAAGCUGAGAAACAGCGCCUCAAAGCAGAGAAGCGUCAACUGAAGGCUGAGGUCAAGGAGAUCAGGAAGCAGCUGAGGAUGGAGAGGCGGGGCUUACAGUGGAGCUCCUCCCACAGAGACGGGAGCUCCUCCCCUGUCCUGCUGCAGCCCCGUGCCACCCAGCACAAUAGCCCUGAGCGUCCGAAGCGUCCCUGUCCGCUGGUGGUUCCAGCCAUGACGGCUGUGUUCUUGGAUGAGAACCUUCCGGACGGAACCCGGCUGCGACCCGGAACCAAGUUCAUCAAAUACUGGAAGAUGAGGAACACUGGAACUGUCAGCUGGAGCGCUGAUACUAAGUUGAAGUUCAUGUGGGGUAACCUGGCCGUGGGCUCUGGGGACCGUUGGAGAGAGGUGUCUGUUCCCUUCUUACAGCCAGGACAGGUUGGUGUGGUAAGCGUAGCACUUUGUGCGCCCAGCGUGGAGGGGUCCUACACUUCCCACUGGCGUCUGGCCCACGGCGGAGAGCAGUUUGGGCCCAGAGUCUGGUGUAGCAUCGUAGUGGAUCCUCUGGCCCCAGCCGCAAUGAUGGCUGAUGGGAUAUUGGUGUCACCCUGUGUCACACCACAGGGUAAGAACCCAUUGACUGGGGCUAAGGAUGGGAAGGCUUGUGUCACUUCCAGGGACCAACCCCUGAUGUCACUGGACCAAGAGGAGUACUACAUCCCAUCUGUAGACUUGCUCACAGCUCAGGACCUGCUGUCUUUUGAGUUGUUGGACAUCAACAUAGUCCAGGAACUGGAAAAUGUCCCAAAUAACACCCCUGCUGACAUGACACCCUGCAUGUCUCCUCUGACCCAUGAGGGCCUCCAGCAGGACAAGAGCAGUCCCUCAUUAGGUCUGAUCCAGGAAGAGGUCGAAGUUGUCAAUAGUAUUAUAGAUGUGCCGCAAGGGGCAGGUCCCGGAUCGGAAGUGGGCGGAGUCCCAGCCCAGGAGGAAGGAGAAGAUGACAUCAGUGGCACUCAGUUUGUGUGUGAGACUGUGAUUCGCUCCCUAACUUUGGAGGAGGCCCCUGACCAUACCCCCCUAAGAGGGACACGCCCGGGCACAGUGUUGCGUCCAGCGGCCCAGGGUGGCUCCGCCUCUUCCUGUGUGAAGAAUAAACUGGUCAAGACAGAGAAGAGUCCAGACAGAAGCCCCACCAGCCCCAAUGCCCCCUUGAAAGCACCAGCUACUCUGAAGGCCUCCCUCCCAGCCCCACUGAAAGCCUGCCUUCCAGCCCCUCUUUCAGUGACCCCGGCCCCAGCCCCUGGCCCCUGCACAGCCGCUGCCCCACUCUCUGCUCCACCAAGAGCCCCCACACUGCAAGAGCACAGGAUCACAGCAGACGAGGGAGUGGAGUCGGACAUUGAGAGCAUCUGUGUGGAGCCCAGGGGGAAGGGGAGAGAAGAGGGGGAAGAGAAAAAGGAGACCAAUGGAGACGAGCAGAGAGAACAGAUGAGGAGUCGUUCGUCAUCAGCAUCCUCAGAAGACUACAUCAUCAUCCUCCCUGACUGCUUUGAUACCAGUCGACCACUCGGGGAGUCCAUGUACAGCUCAGCUCUGUCCCAGCCAGGUGAUGUCCCUGCAGAGACCCCCACUGACCCAGAUACACCCUUUUCUGACUGCUUGGGCCGUACUACCCCAGAAGGGGAGAGGGGUGAGGCAGAAGAGAGUACCAUGACAGCGGGAAUGGGGUUGUCGGUAACUAACAGUGCCAUCGACAUGCUGUGUACCUCUCAGACGCUGGACGAUGAGCCACUGACUCCUGAGGUGGUAGCACCCCCCAAACCCCUCCUCAAACCAAGUCCAGAGAGCAGCGGACAGACAGACUGUGAUGCAGCUACGGCUGGUGCAGAGGGAGGAAUAGAUGAGACUGAGCUCUACCGGACUGAGGAUGAUAAUGGGUCUGAACAGCCCCAGACAGACAAUGCCCAAGCCAAUGGAGACACCGAGGAGGACAACCCUAAUGACCCCAGGCACCCAGGUAUCACAGGUGGCCUGGUCAAGGGAGCGUUAUCAGUAGCAGCCUCUGCUUACAAGGCCCUGUUUACUGGCCAAGGCCCCACACAGCCUCCAAUCGACUCAUCCACCCAAGACACCAUGAUGGCAGUGCUGGUGGAGAUGGGGUUUGGGGAUCGGCCUCUCAACCAGAGACUGCUAAAGAAACACAACUUCAAUCUACUGGAUGUGGUCAAUGAGCUUGUUCAAAUGACCGACAAUGACUGGUACUCCACACGCUACUGAGGAGAGGCGGAGGGGGGAGAUGGUAAAGGAGGGAUAAGGAAGGAAGGAAAGCAGAUAAAGCUGUAAACUACAAGGUGAACAAGUGAAAGAGUCAUAGGAGGUUUGAAGGUAGAGAGAUUAAUGGGGUAAAACACAGCUAGACACACCUUGAUGAAGAGAGGAAAAAGGAGAGGAACAGGAGGAUGUGGAGAGGAGGACAGGAUGGGAAAACCAACGGCGGAAGGAGAAUGUUUCCAAUCCAAAGGACACUUUUCCCUCAUUCCUCCCUACCUUUUUUCUGGUUUGGUAUAUGAAACAGAUGGAGAUCUUCCCAACUCUACACCCAUUUAAAGAGACAUUUCACCUAACUCUUGAGGAUACGUAUAACACUAUCUAAAGUCCACAAUCUGUAGUAUGAUGUUCAGCACCAGCCUUUGUAGAGGUAGACCAGUCACUUGGCAUAGGAACACUGGGAGACACAGAGAGACAUAUUUCUACAGUCUACAUUCAACGUGGUUCUUCAUCGUGGCAGACUGGUUACUUUGCCUAGCAGACAGAUAAGACAGGGAAGGAAAGAGCUAAAAUGAUAAAACACCCAUACCUACAGAGAGAAAAUGUGUGAACUAACUGUACAUCAUAAGUCACUUUUUUAUUGCCACCUUACCAUUUGAGUCAUCAUCUAAACAUUCUUUGACAUGCCAGUCUGUCACAAACUGAAAAUCCACUUUACUAAAUACUUGAGCCAUGGACCAAGUAGCGUAAAGGUAGAACGAGUAGGAUUUGUCGGUUGUGGUUUGUAAAUGCAACAUUCAAAGUUGCCCCCCCCCCCGGGCUCAUCGACACCAGAAGGACACGCCCCCUGACUGCAGUGGCCAGAACACAUCGCAGUGUACAGGCCAACUCCGCGUCGCUCUUCAUCCCAUCCUCUCCUUCAGUGCUCGCCAAUGGGUGAAAGCCAACCCCAGAUUCACUCUUGUUUUGGAACGAGCUUUGUCCGCUUGGCAUUUCCCCUUGCUAUAUUUGCGUCUUUUCAGUGCUGUAUCCGUCAUUGUCGUAGCUUCCUGUUGGAUGCGUGCUUAUGAUCUUGAUCUGGCACCUGGUCGCUACAUUUUUAUAGUCCUGCUGCCCAAAGGUUAACACCCAUAAACAUUCCACACACAGCAAAAUAAGAAAAUACAGGCAGAGGACAGGAUCUCUGCAGACGCAGACACCGCCACACACGUCUAGUGGGUCAUAGGUGAUGAUUGAGAGGAAUUAUUUUUGUAUGAGUCUAUACAUUGAUUUUAAGGAAAGUCCUACUUGUUCUACCUUUAAAAGUUAAUAUGAAGUGAUUCUCGUUGCACUUUUAGUUGGGUGUGUCUUACAGUAUUGCUGCAUUUCAGCAGUUUGAUAAGUUGUUUUUUUUCCGUUUUCCUGUCCUAAUCUUGAGAGUUUAUCUUGCAUAGGCCCAUAACACUGGAGCAUUGACUCUUAUAUGGGUAUUAAAUCACACACGCACAACGUAUCAGUGUACUGCAGGCAUAAUAUGCUGUGUAUGAUUAUUGUGAGUUAUUGUGAUUAUGUAUAUGGAAAAAAAAGUCCCUUAAUUCUAAAAUGGAAGUUUUCUUCAAUCUGUUAUGUUAAGAUAUAUUUCUAUUCUAAAUACGAGGGCCAUUCAAUGGUGUGCUCUAGGACUAAGUUAUUUAAAUCAUCUCUCAUCUUUCCCCACAAAAUUGGUGGUGCACAAGAUAUCAGACACAUGUUCCUACAGUUGAGAACUCUCAAACCCAAUGGCAGUGUUGUAUUUCUCUAAUCAGCUCCUCUCCCUUUAUGACUUCAGUGGGUAUAACAGGUGAAAUCAAUAAGGGAUUGUAGCUUUCACCCAUAUUCCCUCAUGCGUUUGUAAUGUUUUUUACACUAGUAAGGUAGUUAGUAGAAUUGGGUGUGAUGCCUAACCAGAGGAGGAUGCAGUUGCAUUGAUGGGGCACUGAGUUCCUCUGGAAAAUUCCUAUCAGUUCAACAUGUUCUGUCACUCCCCUGCUGUUUUUUUUCCCUCUCUUGGUGGGAUCCACAGCGUUGUUGGGGGUUGGGAGACUCUGAUAAAAAGGGUGUUUUCUUUUCAAGACAUCUUCUUUGAGGGUAUCUAAAACACUAUAAGACUUAAGUCAUUCCAGACUUUAAAGGUCCCAUGAAAUGGCCUUUUCGAGCACUGCAGGCAUUCACAAUUUGACGUAUAUCCAAAUGUAAUGGAUCAGUCGGGUGGGAUUUUAUGAGGGGCGGGAGUUUGAUCUGACUAACGGCCAAUCAUGUCCAUGCAUUUUUUUGAAGACUGCAGACUGAUAUGCUACUGGCUAGUUUCAGUUUGGUGGUAGAAGAUCACUCGUCUUCUCUCAAUCUCGCUCCCAUUCAUUCAUUCGACAUUUUUAUUUGUGUACGCCCACAAGUGCAGAAUAACGUAACUGAAAACCUAUUGUCUUUGUCAGGAAGCGAAAAAUGCUCUUAUAAAAGAUGAAAAUAAAACAAAAUAUGUCCUUGUGAAUUUCUAGAGCAGUGUAAGCUGUAAAUCAAGUGCAUAUUACAAGAGAGAACAAGAAGGAAAAUACAUUUUUCAUUUUAAGGGACCUUUAAACAUUUGAAUGAAGUGAACAAGUGCUUUAUUGCAUGGAUUUUAUCAAACACGAACUGGUCCAUUUGGAUACGAUGAAUGUGAUAUGACGUGUUGCUUUGAAUGCUUGAAGCCUGUUUGGAUAUGUCAAAAAAAGAAAAAAGAAAAAGAAAAGUUGGCUGUGGAUGUGUUUAACUUUUGACGCUUGCUCUUUUCUUGUGGUUGGAUGUUUGUGUAUGUUUGUGUGUCUCUAUUUAUUGGAAAAGAUUGUGUUUCUUUUGAAUACAAGUAGACCCGAGAGAGUUGGGAAUGGAGGUAAGGGGAUAGUUUAAAUCAAUGGCACUGAAUUUAUUGUCGCGGGAUUAUAAUGAAUUGUGUAUAGGUGCGUUCAUAAUCAGAACCAACACAUCUGGGAAGGUUUAAUGAAGUGGAAUCUCUUCGAUUUUGCCAAAACCAUCUUAGAGAUUAGAUCAUUUUUGGUCAAAGUGUUUUGGCUUUAAAUUUUUGGCAGGUGUCACAAAGUCAAAAUUGACUUUCUUUAUCCAUGUAUAAUCCCCCCCCCCUCUCUGUUAAGGUGGAGCAUUAAACAUGAGGUGGCCAGUGAAGUUUGGGUUUAUCAUCAAACUAAAAAAAAUUGCUAUAAAAUACAUACAAAAUGAGUUGGCUUAGCCAAAAACUAGAAACUGUGUUGUGUUGGCAAAACCAUCUGAGACCAUUACAUGAGACUUUUUGGCAGUUUUUGGGGACCUUUUCUUCCCCGAAAUCAUUGUUCAUUUUGUCGUUACAAAAGCAUAUAAUUGAAGCUGAAUACUGCCUCCAAAAAGAAAUUCAGCUUAAAAAUUAUAGUAGCAGUUUUACAAAGACAGAAUUCCCUAAAGCAAAUUACUGUUGUUUUCCAAUAAAGGCAGGCCAGCAUAUUAAGAUGGUAAGGUAAAGAUGGUCCUUUUACUGAUUACUGAUUAUUCACUGAUUUAAAAAAAAAGAAUGAAUAGAUUAAGCAAAUGUUUCUCAUGUUUUAAUCUUAAAUCCUUGUUGACCUUCAUGUUAAAAUGUGAUGUAAAAGAAUGGAACAAACACGCUCAUUGCUCUCGUGUCCUUAUAAGCUACCAACAGAAAUUGAACUUUUCACAUGGAAAAACUGUUUGGGAUCUUGGAGAAUCUAUUCCUGGAGAAUAUUGUUGUCUUCCCUCCAUCUACAUUGUAUUCAGUGGAAACCUUCGCGUCACAUGGUCUAAACUAUUUCUCCACUCAGAAUAAUGGAAUUAUUGGUAGAAACGUGCACCCUGGGGCUUACUCGGUCUCUACAUCACCUCAUUCUCACUCCACGUUCUUAUGCCGUUAGGUACCACGGCAAAGCCAGGGUCUGUUAAAAAGUUAGAAAACAUGUGGGACCUAUCACUGACAAGUUAUUAGGGAUAAGCUUAUAAGCCCACCUUUUUUCAAUGGGAAACACUGCUGUACAUAUCAAAUACAAUAUGGCGUAGCUGGGGUCAUUCCUCAGUUCACUCAGCCUUAUGUUCCCUAUGUGUCGGUGUUGGGGUUACAUAGGGCCAGGAGAACAUGUAGCCUACGUCAGACUGGUCACUGGUUUAAAUGUGCUCUUGAUGAAGCUAAAAAAUGCAUAGUUUCAAUGUAACCAUAUUGCAAAUCAGUGUAACUCCAAACAUGUAUGCGUUCCAUGAUAGUAUUUUCCAAUUGGCGGGAAUGCUAAUUUAAUAUUUAGAGGAGAGAGGAAAGAAAGGCAGAAUAGAAUGAGCUUUUCUUCUGUGUUGCACUCUAUGGACAUCGUAUGUAAUGUACAAAUCUGUCUGUAAUUAAAGAUACUACGCUUAUUAAAUGACUA